AUGCCUGGUGAUCCUGAGGAUGGUACUGUUAUCCCCAGUUUUGGUGGUCACGUGGCUUCAUAUAUUUGGGGCGGGCAGGAGCGUAAUGUUUUGCGCUGUCUGAGCAGGACACAGUUGUGUUCUGCAUUGGUUACCUGGCGAGGUCGUCUUGCACAGGAGCAUUUGGAGCUGAUUGACGGUAGUGGUCUGUCUCACUUACCAGGGAUCAUGUUCAGGCGUUUUGACUGGCCGUUGAUUUCUGUGUUUGUUGAGAGAUGGCAGCCAGAUACGAACACCUUUCAUAUGCCAUGUGGGGAGAUCACGAUCAUGCUGCACGAUGUGUACCAUAUUCUUGGGCUUCGUGUUGAUGGUUCCAUGGUCUCCACUACUCCUAGCACGGACGUCAUACGGGACGCGUGCCAGGUUACCCUGGACAUGACUGCGGAAGAGCUGAACGAGAAGUGCGGUACGAAGACCAUUUGGCAGGGUAGUGGGGUGCUGACCGAGAGGAUUAUGGACUCGACCUUGGAGGAGCAGAGGCCCUUCAGUGUCCAUUACAGUGCCUACAUGUGGUUAGUACUGGGCGGAUGUCUGUUUUUGGAUAAGAGUGGUAACCGCACUCAUCCUUCCUUCCUCAACGAGCUUGUUGUUGAGGAUCUGCAGAUUAGUGACUACUCUUGGGGUUCAGCUGCUCUGGCAUAUUUGUAUCGCCAGUUGGGUACGGAAUCAAGAAAAGAUGCCGAUUCAAUCGCUGGUUGUCUCAUGCUUCUACAGGCGUGGAUCUACGAGUACUUUCCGUGCUUCCGGCCUCAGAAGGGUACCUUGACGAGGGAGAUUAGUAUUCCUCGUGCGUGUGCUUGGGAUGUGGGAUCGGAAUGCCGGAACAAGAUCAUGGAGCGCCUCCUCGCUUUUCGUGCUCGAUUGGAUCAGCUGACCGACAAUGAGGUUAACUGGCUACCGUACGGAGUUGAUCCCGCUCGACGCGUACCAGCCACUCCAUUCAUUGGUUGCAUCCAGUACCGGAGCAUCAUUGAGCCAUACAUGCCUGAUCGAGUGGUUCGACAGCUUGGAUUCGUGCAGGAGAUUCCGCGGACCAUUAUCAGGCCUGAGAAGGCCAAGAGACCGACAAACUUGAAGAUGUAUCGGGUUGACUUUUCGACCGAGAUGACAUCUGUGAUGUGGACUUGGUUUGUCCCUGGCUCGUCUUUCAGUAUUGUUUUAGGUGCCCUCACCAGACUCGGUGGUGGAGGUCCUACGGUCGCUCCUGGUUACAUGCAGUGGCUGUACCGAUUUUCUCGUCCUCGUCUUUCUCUUGGUGGGUCAUCAGAUGGGAGUAGCAGACUUCCUGAGAGGACUAACACGGACUAUUGGAUGGGUCGGUCCUUGGAGAUUCACCGGAGAUCAUUGGAUGAGUAUCCCAGCAUGAAGCGUGAAACAAGGGCAAUGACUGAGCAGUUGAUAGCUGACUGGAAGGCGAUGAUGGGGUUGUGA